CGUACAGCCGGGCGGGGGCGAAUAACGUGUUCAUGCACUAUGAAAAGUUUUCCGCAUUGUCUGUCGAUUCUUAUAGAAAAACAUGCAUAUAGCCUAACAAAAUCGACUGACUUGUAGCGCUUUACUCCAAAAGUUAUCGCACUGUGCUGCUGCGGCUUCAUGCUGGGAAAUAAGCGGACUUAACGGGGACAUUACCGACAAUGCUGGGUGAAUGACUACAACACGUGGAUUUGCCCAAAGCUAUUUACUUUUUCAUUGGCUCAGUGUCUUAGGAGGACGCUUAAUUUCUGAACGAGAAUAUGGAGCACAUGCCAGAUGACAAUUCCAGAUACAAAGAUGUUGACUACUGGGAGGAGAGAUACAAGACAGAGCAGUGCUUUGACUGGCUGGGCGACUUCUCCAAAUUCCAGCACCUUUUGGAGGGACACAUGAAGAAAGAUGACUCCAUUCUUGUGCUUGGAUGUGGAAACAGCACUAUGAGCGGUGAAAUGUACAGUGCGGGCUACCGCUGCAUCACCAACAUAGACUACUCCUCGGUGUGCAUCACUAACAUGAGCGCCAGGCACAAAGACUGCCCGGGCAUGAGCUGGCACCAAAUGGACAUGCGCCAGCUCUCCUUCCCGGACGCAUCCUUUGAUGUCGUUCUGGAGAAGGCCACGCUGGACGCCCUGCUGGUGGACGAGAAAGAUCCUUGGAAGGUGUCCGCUCAGGCCUCCUGCCUUAUGCACCAAGUGCUGACAGAGGUCAGUCGUGUCUUGAAGCCUGGAGGGCGUUUCCUCUCCGUUACCUUUGCUCAGCCCCACUUCAGGAAGCGCCUCUAUGCUCGCAGCGAGUACAGCUGGUCCAUCAAACACCACACCUACGGAGACAGCUUCCACUACUUUGUGUAUGUAAUGACCAAAGGGGAGGAGCUUAGCCCUGAGGACGCGGCACUGCAGAGAAGGCUGCUGGAGGAGGCCAAAGACCCUCCGACUACAAUCACAAAAAUACAGGAGAAUAAGGAGGACUACCUGUUGAAUAUUGACUUAUGACACCGGUUUUCAACCUGGGGUCCAGGAGUUCCAGGAGUUCCCCAGAAAAAUGGGGAAUAUUUUAAUUUUACUGUCUCGUUGACUAGAAGUUAACCCAAAAUGAGAGAAUGUAGGUUUCAUACUUUUCACUGUUCAUCUGCCAAUCUAUAGUACAGACAGUUAUUUUUUUCCUCUUCAACUUUGUCAUGUUGAGUCUGUGGGGAAGUGCUCAAAAUAUGAUUUAGCAAAACUUCUUUUGCUACAACUAAUUUUUGCUCUACGCUCAUUAUUUUAUUCUGUAAUAAUUCUAGCUAUAACAUAUCUUUAGCUGCGAUCUGAUAAUAGAUGUUUAUGUUUACAUCUGGAGGAAGUGAUUCCCGUGGGAAAAAUACAUUGAUUUUUACGUUACACCACCGGUGUGCCUGAAUUGUGAAAUAUUUUAGCCUUGGCCUUAAACACCGUGAGCAACCAUGGUCAUUCUAAUGAAAUAUUUUUGUAUCAAUGUUUUUUAAAAUAUUUGUGGGAUAUUACAGAAUGUCAAAAUAAUUCCGAUUGCCAAUAAAAUGUUUUUUAGCCACAACCAGUACAGCUAAUCAUAGUUGCUUUUGCCUUUGGUUUCAUCAUCAUUCUUUUUAUAUUCUGCCAGUCACUACUCUAGGUUAUGUGAUAGAAACCUUAAUUAGU